AUGGCAUCCCAAGAGCCCGCAUACAUCGCAAUCGCCCAGCGCAAGCAAGAUGCGCUAGCUGCUGCUAUCCCCGCUGAAUGGCGACUGCCGGCGCAUCUCAUUCCCGCGGGGAUGCUUUCGCUCGCCGAGUCGAUCACCGAGGGACCGAAGAAGUACGGUAGAGUUAAUGUCACGGAGAUUCCACGCACUUGUGGCAUUCUGACUGCCAAAGAGCUGGAAAUUACGGAGAACUACGAUGUGCGUGGGCUUGUGUCUGCCAUGACUGGGCGCAAAUUGAAGGCUGAGGAGGUGAUUCGAGGCUUUUGCAAGAGAGCAGCAAUUGCCCAUCAGCUUACUCGUUGUAUCACUGAGCCUCUGUUCGAUCGAGCCCUUCGCCAGGCAAAGGAGCUGGACGAUUACCUCCAGCGAACCGGUCGCCCUGUCGGCCCUCUGCACGGUCUGCCCGUCUCGGUGAAAGACACAUUUUGCGUGGAGGGAGCUGACACGAGCAUCGGACUUGCUGCUCUCGCAUUCAAGCCUGCCCGCAAGAAUGCUGAUCUGGUCGAUCUCCUCCAGUCUCUGGGUGCGGUUAUUAUCGCAAAGACAAAUAUCCCACAGACCCUCGGGACGCUAGAUAGCUGCAACCAUCUGUUCGGUCGUACAUUGAACCCGCUGAACCGUCAAUGGACGGCAGGUGGUAGUACCGGUGGUGAGGGAGCGUUGCUUGCGAUGAAUGGGUCCAUGGUUGGCUUUGGUACGGAUAUCGGUGGCAGCAUCCGUAUUCCCGCGAUGUGCCAGGGUCUCUAUGGAUUCAAACCGAGUGAGGGUCGUGUACCCUACGGUGGCCAAGAGAGUGGUCAGGUUGAAGGUAAGGGACGGGUCUCCCUGCAGCCCGUAGCUGGACCGUUGGCACGUUCCGUGGCGGACAUCGCAGCCGUAAUGGCCGAAAUUGUGCCGCGCGCUGAGCUCUUUGGGGAAGACUGUAUCCCAGGAUACUGGCCUACCCCCUCAAUGCCAGCAUCUCUUGCCCCGCCGCGCAACUUUACUAUCGGCAUCCUCAAGACGGACGGGUUGGUCACCCCCUUGCCGCCGAUUACCCGCAUCCUCGAAGAAGUAGCCAACCACCUACGCCGGACCCCCGGCGUGGAAGUUGUUGAGAUUCCGCUUCCCCCAGUCUUGCCCAAGUGCCAAGCUCUGGCAGGCCGUCUCAUGGGUGUUGACGGUGGUUCAAACAUGCUCGAUUUGAUCGAGAGUAUGGGCGAGCCGUUGACGCCCUGGCUUCAGGGUCGCAUGAAGCGCGGCAAGGCUUUGACUAUCAAUCAGCUGGCGCAGUUGCAGGCCCAGCGUGCCCAGGUCGAGAAGGAGAUGAUGAAGAUGUGGACUCUUUCUUCUUCAUCUAAGACUCGUCAGGUUGAUGCUAUCGUCUGUCCGAUUGCACCGCACCCGGUUCCCCAGAUGGAUCGGUAUAACGCUGUUGGGUAUACAUCGACAUUCGUGUUGCUAGACUAUCCAGCCGGUGUUGUCCCUGUUAGACCCUUCGUGGAGUCGGACCUUGAACUUGGUCGCGAGAUGAAAGAUCCCGUGCUAGGAAGCUGGGAUAAGGCCAACCGCUUGCUGUGGGACGAGAAAACGGUUGAUCGUCGGGUAUACUUGGAGUCACCGCUUAGUGUGCAGGUUGUGACGCCAAAACAGCGCGACUACGAGCUGUUCCAGGCGAUGGAGAUUAUUGACCGUGCAGUGCAAGGUCGUGUUGGAUCUACUCCUGCCAAGUUGUAA